CACAUUUGUAAAACGUACGUUUACUCCCGGUAGCACAACGUGCGUUGUGUGCAGCUCACUGGUGUUUUACGUGAAAUCGGCCGCUUUGUCAACGUUUCAAAAUGCAGAUAUCAAGUGUGAACGAUGUCAAAAUUUAUAAUUUAAGCUAUGGAAAGUCACUUCCAGAGUGGCUGUCAGACCGUAAGAAAAGACAACUGCAAAAGAGCGAUGUUGACAUCCAGCGCAGGAUUGAGCUCAUCCAGGACUUUGAGAUGCCCACAGUGUGCACAUCCAUAAAGGUUUCCAGGGAUGGACAGUUCAUUCUGGCAGCAGGGACUUACAAGCCAAGGAUUCGAUGUUAUGACACCUACCAUCUUUCAUUGAAGUUUGAACGCUGCUUGGAUUCUGAUGUUGUGACAUUUGACAUACUGUCUGAUGACUACUCAAAGCUUGUGUUUCUGCGCACUGACCGUUAUGUGGAGUUUCAUUCCCAGCACGGUCACUACUACAAAACACGGAUUCCAAAAUUUGGUCGGGAUUUUUCUUACCAUUACCCCUCUUGUGACCUUUAUUUCGUUGGCUGUAGUUCAGACAUCUACAGACUGAAUCUUGAACAAGGUCGCUUCCUCAACUCACUUCAAACAGAUGCCGUGGAGCACACCGUAUGUGAUAUCAACCCUGUCCAUUAUUUGUUUGCCAGUGGAACAUCUGAGGGAAAGGUGGAAUGCUGGGACCCUCGUGUGCGGAAGCGAGUGGGCCUUCUGGACUGUGCGCUGAGCAGCCUCACAGAAGGAAUGGAAGUUCAGAGUUUGCCCUCAAUUAGUGCACUGAAGUUCAACGGCUCGCUCACUAUGGCAGUGGGCACCAGCACGGGACAGGUGCUGUUGUAUGACCUGCGCUCCAGCCAACCGCUGCUGGUGAAAGACCACUUCUACAACCUGCCCAUCAAGUCUCUCAAUUUCCAUGAUCAGAUGGACCUGGUUGUGUCAGCGGACCCUAAAAUAUUAAAAGUCUGGAACAAAGACACUGGCAAGGUGUUCUCCUCCAUCCAGCCUGACAGCAACAUUAAUGAUGUUUGCAUGUACCCCCACUCAGGUAUGCUGUUCACUGCUAAUGAAAAUCCAAAGAUGAACACAUUCUAUAUCCCAGCGCUGGGCCCAGCGCCUCGUUGGUGCUCAUUCCUUGACAACCUGACAGAAGAGCUGGAGGAGAGCCCAGAGUGCACCGUGUAUGACGACUACAAGUUUGUCACCCGCAAGGACCUGGAUAAUUUGGGUUUGUCUCAUCUGGUGGGGUCGUCCCUCCUGAGGGCGUACAUGCAUGGCUAUUUCAUGGAUAUCAGGCUGUAUCAUAAGGUCAAAAGCAUGGCAAAUCCUUUUGCGUAUGAGGAGUAUCGCAAGGACAAGAUCCGGCAGAAGAUCGAGGAGACGAGGACCAAGAGAGUGCAGGUUAAGGCCUUGCCCAAAGUCAACAAGGAGCUGGCUCUCAAGCUGAUGGAGGAGGGCGACGACGAAGUGGAGUUGGCUUCCCGGAAAAAGAAGGGCAAGGCCCUACCCACCAUUUUAGGCGACAACCGUUUCAAGGUGAUGUUUGAAAACCCAGACUACCAGGUGGACGAGAAGAGCGAGGAAUUCCGUCUGCUCAACCCCAUCGUCUCCAAAGUCAGCCAGAAGAGGAAGAAGAAGCUGCGGCUACUAGCUUCUCAGGAGGACAACGAAGAGGAGGAGGAGGAGCAGGAGGGUCGAGUCAGCUCUGAGGAAAGCUCAGAUGAUGACAAGAGCUGGGUGGAAGAGGUGAGGGAGCAGCGGAGAUUGCUCAAGCAGGAGGACCGAGACCGCCGGCUUCAGCGAAGAAAGGACGCCGACCGCAACACAGUCUUGCUGGAGAGCAAAAGCGACGAAGGGCAGAAAAACUCCGCCGCGGCUGAGAACACGACGACGAGCCAGCCUCAGUUCUAUCAGAUUAAAAGCGGAGAGGAGUUCCGCGGUUUUAACGACCUCUCCCGCAAGCAGAAGCUACAGAAGACAUCCCUCGAGGAACGACUAAAGUUAGAGGAGUACUCUGGAACCAGCAGCAUGGCUGACACCACAGUGGGCAGCAAGCAGCUGACCUUUACACUCAAAAAGUCUGAACGGCAACAGAAGCAGCAGCAGGCGGAACGGGACCACCACGAAGAGAGGAAGAAGCUGAGGCGCUCGGCGGGACACCUAAGCAGCGCCCGCGGGAGGGGCUGGGCUGCGGGAAGAGGAAGAGGAAGGGGAAGGGGACGCCACUGAGCACCAAAGACCCAUCUGCAGCUGCCGGCCGCAAGUCAAAGUCACAGCCAUUAAACAGAUGUCCGAAAUAGCGGAAGAUUGUGGUUUUUAAUAGCUCUUGUGUCAAGUGACCAAGG